AUGCUCCUCUCCCAGUACCAGUUGGCGUUGAAGCCUGCGGACUACGGCUACUCCAAACUGAGCAGCCUGCUCGUCGACCGCUUCUCCGACAUCUGCCGCUUGGUCCGCCACCGCAACCGCCACGUCUACCUCGAGGCGGGCACCUCGCUGCUCGCCGAGGCAGCACCGCGCGCGUGUCCCUCGCUCUACUUCGCGGCGCAGCGCGCAGCCAACCUGCGAUCGCUGCUCGCCGCAGGCAAACCCUUUUCGGACACUCUUGACAUGUACGCGCUGGAUAUCAGGCACGACCCACUCUCAGCCAGCGGGGGAGAGGCGAUGAUUUGCUAUACCUUGGAAGAUCUCUAUAAGCUGCGGAACGCUCCUCUCUCUCAGGCGCCGCUGCCUGAGUCUUCGCUGCUGCACUCCAUCCAGCAGCAAAGUGCGAAGAUGAACAGCCGCUGGGGCAACAGCCGGCGCCACGAGACGCCGAGUGUGAAGCCGGCCAAGGCGGAGGUCUCGCCGGACCCGCCGGGGCCGCCCGAGCAGCCGGUUGCGGAGCCGCCGUCGGUGCCCGGCGGCGUGGCUCACGAGCGUGUGACUCAGGAGCGAGCGACUCACGAGCGUGCAACUCACGAGCGUGCGACUCACGACCGAGCCAGUCACGAACGUGCAACUCACGAACGUGCAACUCACGAGCGUGCGACUAAUGAGCGUGCGACUAACGAACGUGCGACUCACGAACGUGCGACGCACGAAGCUGCGCCGGAAACGCAGGGCGCGACGCCCGCAGCGCAAGGCACCGUGAGUCAGGGCGGUGCGGAGCGCACAAAGACGCGGGCGGCGGCGACGGGGACCGGCGGGUCGCCGCCUGGAUGGCAGCAACCGAGUUACGAGUGGUCGGCGAAUCUGUACGAGGAGCCGGCGGUCGACUGGGACCUGCCACCUAUGGGCGAUUCGGGCGAUUACGUGACGCUGGGCGACAUCCGGCGCGCUGAGUCGACGGUUGAGGGCAUGGGUGUGCCGCUGAACGACUACAUCGAGGCCGUGAAGCGGGAGCGCCGCGGCUCCGACCGCUUUGCGCAGCGCCCGCCCUCGCCCCGUGAUUCGGGCAGCGGCUUAACUUCGGGCAUGGCUCCAGGUGGCAUGGCUUCAGGCGUCAUGGCUCCAGGCGGGAUAGGUCCGGGGAUGGCCCCGGGGAUGGCGACUGGGUUACAUCCGACGACGGAGACAGGCGGGCCGAACCCGUUGGCGCCUGGUCGACAUGGUGUGGACAUUGGGCGACAGGACAUCUUCUUCAGCGAGAGCAAUCAAUACGGCGAGUCGCGGUUCAUGCAAAUCUUUGAGCGGAAUAAGAGCGGGACGCGACUGAACGGGAACGCGAAGCCUUUCUACCCCCGGUUGGGCGGAGCGGCCGCGUCGGGCGGCUACGACGACCCCCGUAAGUACGCGCCUUUUCUGCAGCAGCAACGAAGCGAACCGGGUGAGUUGCUUUCGAGGCCGAACGCAGGCAAACAAUAUACCGACCCCUACGGCCACAUGGCGGGCGGCAUGGCGACUGGCAACAUGGCAACCGGUAACCACAUGGGGGGCAACUACAACAUGGGUGGUAGUGGCUUAGGCGGUAGUGGCUUAAGUGGCAGUGGUCUUGGAGGCGGCAGUGGUCUUGGAGGCGGCAGUGGUCUUGGAGGCGGCAGUGGCCUUGGAGGCGGCGGCGGUUUCGGCGGCGCAGGCGGCGGCCGGUUUGAUGCAGGUCCGGUGAGUCGGUUCGAGCCGCCGGGUCGGUUCGAGAACGGGCGGUUCGAGCCUGCGCAGCCGCAGCAGGGGCCCGGACCGAAGAUCACGACGCAGCAGUUGGUGCAAAUAAUCCAGAACAUCUCGAAGAACCAGAGUGCGGCGGACCUGUCGGACCGGCAGCGGGAAUUGCUGCAGCUGGCAGCGGCAAAGAUCCGGCACCUGCAGCAGCAGCAACAGUUUAACGUGGCGCCGCAACCGCAGCAGCAGCAGCAGCCUUUGCCGCAGCAGUUGCCGCAGCAGUUGCCGCAGUUAGGACAGCCGCAGGGGGGCGCCGUGAACAACGCUCACAUUGACCGCGUGGCCGUGAUUACGGACGCGCUCCAGCGGACGCUGCGCCAACAACAGGCCAAGGGCGUGCAGCCGACGGCAUCGCAGAAGCAACUUAUCGCCCAGGUGCUGCAGGCACUGCAGCGGCUCAAGGAACAACGCGGGCAAACCGCACCUCAGUCUUUCAGGAACAAAACGGCGAACGAAGCAAAAGAAAAUGUGGAAGAAGAAUUAUGA